AUGUCGGGUCGACAACAACGUGUGAUGGUUCAACCCAUCAAUGUUAUUUUCAAACAUCUCCAGGCUGGUCAGCUGGUUCAUAUCUGGCUAUACGACAACACGGAAUUCAGGCUCGAAGGAAAGAUCAUUGGUUUUGAUGAGUUCAUGAAUGUAGUACUUGAUAACGCGUCUGAGGUCUGGGUUAAAGCCAAGAAGGGAACUCCUCACCGGGAGGCUGUUGAGAAGGGAACUCGAGUACCGCUAGGUGGGACAACUUUCAUCAUCCAACUGGUUAUGUUCAAGUCUUUCUGA